GUCCUGCACACACAUCGUCGGUUGUAACCUGUCGACCUGUUACACAGCGAACACAUCUUUAACUACCACCCUCAUCGAGAAACAACGUUCGCGGCAUCUCGGAAGACCUCUCUGGAGACCCCUCUGCAUCACCGCCCUUCCUGUCUCCCCAGAGGCUACUUCUACAGAGCAUCAUAAAUCCUCUCAAAACUCCUAAUUCCAAAGAAGUGAUAACAUUUCUCUGAACAAGAAAAGAAGUGACUAAUCUCGUACUAAAAAUUUUCUGACACUAGUCCUGUGUUUUUCUUCCCUCCCUUAAUUUGAAGAACUAUGGAGAAAUGGUACUUGAUGACAGUAGUGGUCUUAAUAGGACUAACAGUACGGUGGACAGUUUCUCUUAAUUCUUAUUCAGGUGCUGGAAAACCCCCUAUGUUUGGUGAUUAUGAAGCUCAGAGACACUGGCAAGAAAUUACUUUUAAUUUGCCCAUCAAACAAUGGUAUUUUAACAGCAGUGAUAACAAUUUACAGUACUGGGGAUUGGAUUACCCACCUCUUACAGCUUAUCAUAGUCUCUUAUGUGCAUAUGUGGCAAAGUUUAUAAAUCCAGACUGGAUUGCUCUCCAUACAUCACGUGGAUAUGAAAGUGAGACACAUAAGCUCUUCAUGCGUACAACAGUUUUAGUUGCUGAUUUGCUGAUUUACAUACCUGCAGUGGUUUUGUACUGUGGUUAUUUGAAAGAGAUCUCUACUAAGAAAAAGAUUGCUAAUGCAUUAUGCAUACUGCUGUAUCCAGGCCUUAUUCUUAUCGACUAUGGACAUUUUCAGAACACAUAUAAUUCUGUGAGUCUUGGCUUUGCUUUGUGGGGUAUUCUUGGAGUAUCUUGUGACUGGGACCUGCUGGGAUCGUUGGCAUUUUGCUUAGCUAUAAAUUACAAACAGAUGGAACUUUACCAUUCCUUGCCAUUUUUUUGCUUUCUGCUUGGCAAGUGUUUUCAAAAAGGCCUCAAAGGAAAGGGGUUUGUUUUGCUAAUUAAGCUAGCUUGUACUGUGGUGGCUUCCUUCACUCUCUGCUGGCUACCAUUCUUCACAGAAAGAGAACAAAGCCUGCAGGUCCUAAGAAGACUCUUCCCGGUUGAUCGUGGAUUAUUUGAGGAUAAAGUAGCCAACAUUUGGUGCAGCUUCAGUGUCAUCCUGAAGAUUAAGGAUAUUUUGCCACAUCACAUCCAGCUAAUAAUCAGCUUUUUCUUUACAUUUUUGAGCCUGCUUCCUGCAUGUAUAAAAUUACUACUUCAGCCCUCUCCCAAAGGAUUCAGAUUUACACUGGUUAGCUGUGCACUAUCAUUCUUUUUAUUUUCUUUCCAAGUACAUGAAAAGUCCAUUCUCCUGGUAUCAUUACCAGUCUGCUUAGUUUUAAAUGAAAUUCCUUUUAUGUCUACUUGGUUUUUACUUGUGUCAACAUUUAGUAUGCUGCCUCUUCUACUGAAGGAUGAGCUCCUGGUGCCCUCGGUUGUGACAGUGGUGGCAUUUUUCGUAGCUUGUGCAACUUCCUUUUCAAUAUUUGAAAAGACUUCUGAAGAAGAGCUGCAGUUGAAAUCCUUUUCCAGUUCUGUUAGGAAAUAUCUUCCACGUUUUACAUUUCUUCCCAGAAUUAUACAAUGUUUGUUUUUUAUCUCAGUAAUCACUAUGGUGCUUCUGACGUCAAUAACUGCUACACUGGAUCCUCCUCAGAAAUUGCCAGACUUAUUUUCUGUGCUGGUGUGCUUUGUGUCCUGCUUGAAUUUCCUGUUUUUCUGGGUGUACUUUAACAUUAUAAUCAUGUGGGAUUCCAAAGAUGCAAGAAACCAGAAGAAAACCAACUAGCUGUAUUCCCAAGCAAAUGUGAAAAUGUGGACAGUGCUGAAAGGCUGUGUGAACUUCUUGCUACGUGUACCCGAAAUGAUCAUUCUGAGCCCCGUGGAACUCCAGGAAGGAAACGGUGGCAAGUCCUAAUUGUCUACACAGAAUAAAUGCAUGUGGGAGCUGAAGGCCAGUGGCGGCUUUUGUGUUCUAAGUGUGGCUUGGCCAAAACAUGUUGUAAUAUUGUAGUAAGUAUUCGCAGCUAUUCAGGUGGGAAAAAUAGAAAAAUGUUUGAGAAUUAAACAAUGUGGUUUUUUAAAAAGAGAAA